CAGAGCCAAUCAGGACAUCCUCCAGUCCUGUUGUGUUUGGUUUGGUCAUGAAACGGAGGUCAGGGGAGAGAGCGAGAUAAAUGAAUGAAAGCAGACGAGGUUUGCCCCCACUGGACGAGUUUUUUCGUCUCAAAUGUGACAGCGGAUGUUUGUCGCGGACACUGCGGUUGAGUGGAGCUGACGUCAAAGCCUGCUGUCUUCCAUCACCACCACCGGUCCAGCUCUGUCUUGAGGACACAUCCGCUCCCUUCAGGCAGUUUUUCCGUCUCGGCUACGAGGUAAACGGAGGGCAUCGCUCUGCGUGGUCGCAGCCUCGGGCCAGACGGACUGAAUCAAGCACUUUACGUAGCAGCUACCAUCAGGGAGUCCAGAGGGAAAAGAUAACACCCACCAUCUUUUAAAGAAGUCAUGCCCAUCUGGUCUCCUCAUGGCAGGGUCACUAUGACGAUCACCUCCCUCCGCUCCCAGCCGGUGUUGCUGCUGGCGGUGGCCGUGCUGCUCUUCUGCGCGGUCGGCCAGGUGACGUGUCAGGAGCAAAGCGACACACAGUCACCUGCCCGGGUUCUGCAGGACCUGCUGGCCCGCUACGGAGACAACAGUACCAUCACGGUGCCUCAGCUGCGCUCGCUCCUGGCGCUGCUGAGUCAGAGACAAAGUGAAAGCUCAAAUGACGGCCGAGAUGAGGCGGCGACGACGACAGCUAUACCACCCAAAACAAACAGCUCCAAGUGCUUGCCUGCAGACACACUGGCCAUUUACAGCAUCAGUGAGCAGUCACGGCUGGACGGGCCGGGUCUCCAGAAGCUGUGCCCCACCAUGCUGCAGCAGCUGGACGCUGGCACCUGCAAGAUAAAAAAGGGGGAGGAGCUAAACACUGACCCCGCCCCCAGGCCUUCAGAUGCAGAAGUUUGGGGUUAUGGGCUCCUGUGUGUGACACUGAUCUCUCUGUGUUCGCUGAUCGGGGCCAGCGUGGUUCCCUUCAUGAAGAAAACCUUUUACAAGCGGCUGCUGCUCUACUUCAUAGCCCUGGCCAUUGGCACGCUCUACUCCAACGCCCUGUUUCAGCUCAUCCCCGAGGCCUUCGGUUUCGACCCGAUGGUGGACUUCUACGUAUCCAAAUCAGCCGUGGUUUUCGGAGGCUUCUACCUCUUCUUCUUCACAGAAAAAGUUCUCAAGGUUCUCCUUAAGCAAAAGCAAGGGAGCCACGGCCACAGUCACUACAGCGGCGCAGAUCACUACUCGGCCCCGGACGGGGACGCCGAGGAGGGCGAGAAGCUGCAGCAGAACGGAGAGGCCGGCAGCGUGGCGCAGGAGAAAGUGGACAAGGCCGGGGAGGGAGAGCUCAUGCUCAGCCCCGGACAGACGCCACAGGAGUCUGAGAGUCCGGACACCUCGGCGCGGUCGGGCAGCCGAGGCGGCGGCUGCUACUGGCUGAAGGGAACGACCUACUCUGACAUCGGCACGCUGGCCUGGAUGAUCACGCUGAGCGAUGGCCUGCACAACUUCAUCGACGGCUUGGCGAUCGGCGCCUCCUUCACCGCCUCGGUCUUCCAGGGCAUCAGCACCUCCGUGGCCAUUCUUUGUGAGGAGUUCCCACACGAACUCGGAGAUUUUGUGAUCCUCCUGAAUGCCGGCAUGAGCAUCCAGCAGGCGCUGUUCUUUAACUUCCUGUCGGCCUGCUGCUGCUACCUGGGGAUGGGCUUCGGGAUCCUGGCCGGCAACAGUUUCUCUCCGAACUGGAUCUUUGCUCUGGCUGGAGGAAUGUUCCUCUACAUCGCUCUGGCAGACAUGUUUCCAGAGAUGAACGAGGUGAGUCGUGAGGAUGAGGACGCUGGUGGCAGCAGGUUCCUCAUCACCUUCGGCAUCCAGAACGCGGGACUCCUGACGGGCUUCGCCAUCAUGCUACUCCUCACCACGUAUUCUGGACAGAUCCAGCUGGGCUAGCGCCGGACUCUGGUAGAAACCGGGCCCAGUUCUGCUGCUGGGAUCCGAUUGUGCGGCGGGAACGCGCAGUCCUGUAUUUAAAAGAACUGACUGCUUUUGUGCAGCUCUGACAUGCAGUAAAGUUCAUGACCUUUGAACUUUUUUCCUCUCUUGACGGUUUUGAAACAUCAACCCAGUUCUUCUUUAAUCACAUUUCCUUUUGAAAGUCUCUGUUUCCUCUUGCUCGUUUGUCCUCGACGUUCCUCUGAUCUGGGAUCGGUUAAAGUUCCUGCAGGUAAAAAUGUCGGUGGUUCUGCUGCUGUGAACGUUUGACUUUUGUUUGUUUUUUAUGCUUUCACAAUACCAAAAAAGCACAAAUCUUGAAGGACUUUGAGGUGGAAAUAUUCCUUCCAUUUGAACAUUUUUUGUGUGAUUUUUUUGUUUGUUUGUAACAUUUAAAAAGUAGAGAAAAGUUCAGUGAAGGGCUACGAGAUGAUCCUGGAACAUUAUCGCUUCUUCUUUAUGCAGUGAUGGAUCCUUCUUUGUGAAGAUGAUGUUUAAUGUCUUUUUUUUUUUCAAAAGGCCCAUGUAGUGGCAUUUCUCUACAGUUUACCAUCUGUGCCCUUCAUUUCUAAAAGCUGCAAAUAGUUUUUUAGAUUUUUUUUUUCAAUCAUGUAUAAUCAAGGGUGCAUAUGUGUGGUCUCAUGCUUUAUUUUUUUUUAUUUUUAACCUCACAUAUUCUGGGGUUUUCUCAUUUUUGCGAGUUUAUGAUCUUAUCUGCGUUUACCUUUCUCAACUUAUUUAUUCGUCAAGUUACCCAUCAAGCAAAUUCCGUUAAUGUUUAUGUUAUGGUAACUUGAAACUUCUCAAAAAAUUUUAUUUUCAUCUAAAUACUUGAGCCUGAAAAACAAGCAACAGAAAACUUUUUCUAAUCAAUUAAAUGUUAAAUCAAGGCAAUUAAAAAGUCUCCUAAUUAUCUAAAAUUUGAACUUCUUGGUUGAACAAAACAAGACGUUUCAAUGAAGUUUCAGAGAAAUGGCACUAACUUUGCCAACUGAAGAGUUGCCGUCCAGCAGGGUAGAAAAAAGCCUCUGUCUCUAGAAAUUAAUUGCACACAUGACAGAAGCAAAAAAGCUGAUACCAUCCCAACAAAUUAUCUACUUUUAUUCAAAAUGAACACAUGCUAUCGCUUCAUUUCCAACUUUUAGAUCCCAAAAAUCUGAAAAUUUCCUCAGAAAAGCGUUUUUUUUUGUUUAGUUUUUUUAACUAGUAGGAUUUUCAUUUUUGAAGGUAAAACUGCUGUCGUGUCACAUACUGACUACUCUAUAACUAAUUUUAAUCAUAGACACGAGUGAAGAUGGUCCUCCGUCAUCUUCAAAUCUAACAAAAUUGGUGUCAAACGUUUGUGAGGCAAAGAUGACAAAUGUUUGUAGUGUUCAUGUAAGGACUUCAAAUCAAACUACAUUUGUGCCGCAAAAGCUUUUUGUUUGUGCUGCUAUGGCUUUGAGGAUAUUAAUGAAAGUUUAAAGGUCAACCAUCCCUUCCACACAUUAACCAAAUCUGACUAUAUUUGUGUUUCAUUUGUGCCGUUAUCAUUUUAAAGAUAUUAAUAGAAACGUUUCAUUUACAAAAUCAGAUAAAUUUGGUGUCAACUUUGCUGCAUUUGUGCUGCAAAUUUGUUUUUUUAAUAUAUAUUUACAAAACCUAAAAAGUAUAAAGGUCAACUAGUCUGCCCACAUAUUAGCCAAAUAUGACAAAACUGGUGUCAAAUGUUUGUGCAGCCAAAUGUUUUUGUUUGUGCCGCUCUCAUUUUGAAGAUGUUAAUAAAAAAAGUUUCCAGAGGUCAAGUUUAGAUUUGGUGUCAAUAAACUUGGCUAUGUUUGUGCAGAAAAAAAUAUAUUUCUGAUGAUUUUCCUUUGAAAAUAUUGAUGAUGACUUCUGGAAACUUUUAUUGAUAUCUUUAAAAUUAUAGCAGCACAAACACAAAUUUUUACUGUACAAAUGUUUGACACCCGUUUUUUUAGAUGUGGGUGAUGUGGGAGGGUUCGUUGACCUUUUAACUUUAAUUGAUAUCUUGAAGCCAAAAGUAGCACAAACAUUUGACAACAAUUUUGUUAGAUUUGAAGAAUGUAGGAGAGACAACUUCACUCAGGUCGUAGUAUGGGGUAUUUUAACCCUUUAAAAAUGUUUUAAUUGUUAUAAACUAAAUCUCAAACAGUGUGUCAUUAUUAACUCCAGAGAUGUGCAAUAAUGGCAGCAUUAUUGAUUUUAAUGCUUUGUGUUUUUGUUCUGUGACAACUGACACAUCUGGUUAUUAAAAACCUUUAAAGAACAAGUUAAAAUAAGUGUUAUAAAGUGAAAUAUUUGGCUACUUGUUUUUUAUGCCGGUUAAUGUAUCUACGUUUAUUAUUAAGAUGACUUUAGUUGCAAUUUGCGCCAUGGGAAUAUGAUUUGUUUAGUGUUUUUGUAGAAAAUGUCUGCCAGUUUGGUGCAUCGCUGGCCCUUUAAAAAUAUUCCAAUAUCCUAGAAAUAGAUUAAAAAAUCCAGCAAAACCAAAAUGACCUGAGAUCAAAUCCUUCGCAUCGUUCCUUAGAUCCAUACUGAGUAUUUGAAAGAUCUGUAGAAUAUUAACUUAAAUGAAUUCCUGGAUGAUGAAUGUGGGAUAUUUGACUUUAUAUUGCAGAAUCACUGCUGACUGAGGAAGUGUGGGAGUAUUUAAUAUUUUUUUAAAGCCAUAAAAUAUUUAUUUUAUACUUUACACUUCGAGCCAUGGCAGCAGUGACCUUUCCUGCUUUUGUUUUGUUUGUCUUUGCGUUAUUGUUUGGAAUAAAACUGGAGAUCUAAGUUGGCGGAUUAUGAAAACUUGCUGUAUUACAUGUUUUAGCUGUAUGUCAAAUCUAUACUGAAAACGAGUGUAAGGACACUGAACCAGUUCAGGAAUCUGCAAUCAUUUAAAGAAAACCUGUCCUGAAGCGUCACAAUUCCAACACUCCCUCAUAUAUAAACAUAAUUUGCAAAGUAUUGUAUGCAAUGUAGUUUAUUGUUAGCCUUCUCUGUCAUGACAAACUUUUUAUAAAACAUUUUAUAUGAAA